AUGGCUUAUGGCUUGCCAAGAAAGAACACAGUGAAGACCAUAUUGCGGGGCAGUUGUUAUAAAGUACAGGAACCUUGGGAACUUGCACUGCUUACAAAGACCUGGUAUACGAACCUAGCCAACAUCAAGUUACCUUUCUUGGGAGAAAUUACAUUUGGUAGCCCUUUAUACCUCAGAAAAACUAAAGCCAUUAAGAAUGCUCUGCUCCCUUCUGCAGAAUCCAUCAAACUUGAAAGGGAGUAUGAAAUGAAGCGCUUGAAUCACCUGAAAUGUCAGGAGAACGUAGCUGAGGAAAUUCAGCUUUACCUAAGGGAAAGGCAAGUUGGUUUGAGAAGACCUCUUCCACCUAAGUGAUAUCAUCUCAUAAUCAAAUCUGUACUCAGU